CUUUCAUUUCUGCAGACUGAAUGCUUGUUUGUCAGACUGGAUCGUCGUCGUCGUCGUUCACGAUGACAGCUCGUCCGUCUGCUGAUCAGUACUGCUGCUCGGUUUGUCUGGACGUCCUGAAGGAGCCAGUCAGCCUUACAUGUGGACACAACUACUGCCUAGACUGCAUUAAUGGCUACUGGGAAAAAUCAGACAAAGAGGGGAUCUACAACUGUCCUCAGUGCAAUCAAACAUUUAAUGUGAGGCCUGAGGUUAAAAAAAAUGUAAUGUUAAAAGAUCUUAUAGCUCAAUUAAACACAACAAAUUAUGCUGGAGCUGAUGAUGUGUCAUGUGAUGCGUGUAACAGGAGAAAACUGAGAGCUGUGAAGACCUGCCUGACUUGCAUGGCCUCCUACUGCGAGACCCACCUGCAGCCUCACCAGCAGUCUGAAGCUUUCAAAAGACACAAUCUGGAGGAGCCGAUCGGAAACCUAGAAGAGAAGCUCUGCAUGAAACACCAGAAAGUCCUGGAAAACUUCUGUAGGCUCGAUGAGACUUGCAUCUGCUUGCUGUGUGCAGCGACUGACCACAAGAGGCACAAUUCGGUGACCCUGGAAGAAGAGAGAGCUGAGAAACAGUGUCAUAUGGAGAGCAGAAUGGAGGAAAUUAAAAUAAGAAUUGAGGAGAAAGAGAAGAAACUGGAGGAGAUGAAGGAGACAGUUAUGAGAAUUCAGAGCUCUGCAGAAAGAGAAGUGCAGGAAUAUGAGGAGACCUUCAAGUCUGUACUGGAGUCCAUUGAGAAACUGAGGUCAGAAGUCAUUGAUGUUAUUAGAGGUCAUGAGAGGAGGGAAGUGAGGAGGGCUGAAAAGUUCAUGGAUCAAGUGGAGAAGGAUAUCGUGGAGCUAAAGAUAAGAGGUGCUGAAAUGGCUGAGCUUUUACAGACAGGAGACCAUAUUCACUUCCUAAAGAUGUUCCCAUCUCUGUGUGUUCCACCUGAAGAUGAAGAAAUUGUUCUUAGCAGUGAUUUCCUUCCGGAAACUUUGAGAGCAAGCCUCUCUGAUCUGAAGGAGAGUCUUGAGGAGGUUAGCGCCUGGGAGUUUGUGAACACAAGUGUAUUUCUUUUUCCCUCUUCUGCUGUUAACAAUCCAGAUUACACCCUGAGGAAUCAGAGAAUUACAGCACAACUUUUAAAAUACUCCUGUUGGAUCACCUUGGACCCUAACUCAGCACACAGAUGCCUCUGCUUGUCUGAAGAGAACAGGAAAGUGACACGUGUGGGUACAGUGACCCCAUAUCAUGAUCAUCCUGACAGAUUUGACUUCUGGCCCCAUGUUCUGUGCAGAGAGGCUCUGAGUGGGACCCGCUGUUACUGGGAGGUCGAGUGGAGUGGAGAGUGGACUGAGAUUGGAGUCAUGUAUAAAGGAAUCGACAGGAAAGGAUGGAGUAAAGAGUGUCGCCUUGGAUUCAAUGACAAGUCCUGGAGUCUGUGCUGCUCUGAUUUCAGUUACUCUGCCUGGCACAAUAACAUGAAGACUGAAAUCAGUGCCCCCUACAGUCAUAAAAUAGGUGUGUAUCUGGACUGCCUGGCUGGCUCUCUGUCAUUUUAUAGCAUCUCAGACAUAAUGAACCUCCUAUACAGGUUCAAGACCACCUUCACUGAGCCACUGUAUGUGGGGUUUGCGGUUGGAUGGGACUCCAGUGUGACAAUCUGCCUCUGAAUUAGUUUGACCAGUGAUUGGUGCCAUAUGAAGUUCAAGUAAUUUCUUCAGGAAAACAGGGUAUCUUGUUAGCAUUUCUUUUCUGGACUUGGCUGAUACAAAAUAGUAGCUUGAUAUAGUGCUCUUAUCAAAUGAAUAUUUCUGCUAAAAUGAAUUGAAGCAUUGAUAGAAAUAUGCCAGAAAUAUAAAAGACCAGACCAACAUGUCUAAAUCACAGUGUUUAUAAUCUAUAUAUAUAUAAAAUCCAGUGGCGGACCGUGCAUUUCACACCUAGGCCUUCAGUAGUGCUCCAUCUGAAUCAACCCGCCCCUCAAAAACUAAUUUAUGGUUAUAAAAACCAUCUUAAUAUGCAGAAAUACAGUAUAAAGAGCCGUUGCAUCGCAGAUAGAUAACUCCUAUAGCCACAAUAAAUGCCUUUAUUGAAUAGACAAACCAGGGGUGAACAAGUUCCUUUCUACUGCAGCUACAGCCUGCGGCACACAUAAAAAACAUCAAUAAUAACUCAUGAACUUGCAAUAUUAUUUAGGAAAAUCGCAACAUUUUACUCACCAAAAAUUCGGAUUAUUUGUAAACAAAAUCCAUCCUCCUGUCUUUCCUCAAAAACAGUUCAAUUACUUUGUCAUACAGAUUAUCCAUCUGUUUCAGUUCCAUCACGAAGUCCCUUUCUAUCGCCAUUGAGCUAAUGCUGAAAGUCGAACCUGCCCUGUCGUAUUUCUGGCUUAAGUUUUAAUUUGCUUUAGGGCUGAAAAUGUCCGCUCGACAGAAGCAUUGGACAUGGGAAUGGUCACCAGCAAACAUACCAAUGUGUACAGCUGCCCCAUGAGGCUCUCAUUCAUACACCAUCCUAUCCAAUCAACGGGUCUGAAUACGGUGACGUUGCCGUACGCCUGCUAGAGGGCCCUAGUGAAACCAACUCAAAAUCUGAUUGGUUGAAGCAACAGUUUAAUCGGCAUCUAUUUUGUGUUAGAGGGCCUGCAGAACGGAUUGUGAAGGCCUCCUGGCAGACUUCUUUGACUUUGACCCUGCCUGGCAACAAAUGAUGGCUGAAAUGUGAUUGGUUAAAUGCUUUAAUAUGAAAAUACAUGUCUGGAAGCAGCACAGCCAUCGGAAAAGCUAUGAAAGGAAGCGGACAGACUAUUUGGAAUUAUUUAAUAAGUAUUCAUGGACAAAAUAUAAUUAACAUCAGUUUGUGAUUCAGAUAUUUUUUAGACCAGCAGAGAAGGCCUUGCAGGCCCUGACGGCCCGCCACUGAUAAAAUCCAACGUCUGCCUGGCAGUCUGUAUGUCUGUCCUCUUUUCACAAGAGAACUAAUUAACGGAUUUAAAUCGGAUUUUUUUCUAGAAUAUGUUUCAACAUUCUGGUUGAUUUUGUGACUUCUCUCAUCGCACUUAGAAUCAUAAUUCAUUUGCAGAAGCGAUUUAUUUACGCUAAUCCGAGACAGAGCUGCAGGCCGAGGGGAGGAGGAAGCGUGACGUCAGGGGUAGGGAGCCAUGCAGGGCCCUCCUCACUGUCCUGUUACACUUCUACGUUGGCAGAGUCAUGCGGGGGCGGCUAGUAAAAGAUAUAUGGAGUCAUAGAAAAGGUUUUAAGAAGAAAAAAAGUGGAAUAUGCAAGAUAAUAAACCAGUGUUAAUGCCACAUAGUGCCUUUCUCUGUAAGAGAGAAAAUAAAAUGCAAAUUGAUAAAUCAAAGAAGAAGACAAAGAAGGAAAGAAUUAAGAGCAGAGAGACAAAAAAGAAAAAAUGAAAAGUCAUCUUGAAGAGAAUUAGCCUUCCAAUGUCGUAUGAACAAUGGCCACCAGAAGGUGCAAGUGCACUGCAUAGUAAUCCUCGGGUGGUGUUUUCUUUCAAUCUGAAGGGAGUACUAGGGUGAUGUACUAUGUUAGCCAUUAUGAAUGAAGUGAAAGGUCAAGCAAAAUGACACAUUUUAUUGGCACUACAAUCUGAAGGGACAAAAGGAAAAUCUACAGGGGACCUAAAUAAGAUGUGUUGGGCUUUAUGGGAAGAAAUGGAACUGCAACUUACAAAAGAGGUCAAUAUAACUGAGUAAGCAACAGUCUGGGUGACUGUUUGGAAACAUAUACAUAUACAUUAUGUUCAUAUACCUGAAUGCUUUUGUUUUUCCUUUUCAUGUUCUCUGAUUUUUAGAAGGACACUGGAUAUACAUACACUAAAUAGUCCAAUAUGACUUCUGCACUCUGUCCUUCAAAGAUGGCAGAUGGCAAUACGGUGGAAAGAUGAAACACUCUUAAGUCUGUAUUGGUCAUCCAUUUUUUAUGUAUGUGAACAGUAAAUGUAUAGAAGGGACCGAGUAAGAGACAUGCUCAAUAAAUAUAACCAGAAAUUAAAAAUAACUAUUUGAUAG